AUGAGGGGAAAGGGAAGACAGAAGAGGGGGAGAAUUGAGAGGGGGAAGGGUAGACAGAAGAGGGGGGAAGGAAGACAGAAGAGUGGGAUUGAGAAGGGGAAGGAAAGACAGAAGAGGGGAGAAUGGAAGGAGGGAAGACAGAAGAGGGGUAGUAGGGAAGACGGAGAAUGGAGGACAGAAGAGUGGGAGAAAGGAGGGGAAGUCAGAAGUGGGGGAGAAUGGAGAGGGAGAAUUGAGAAGGAGAAUGGGGAGAAUGGAGGACAGAAGAGUGGGAGAAAGGAGGGUAUUAGAAGGAAAAAUAGUAGAGGUGGAAAAGGGAAGUCAGAAGUGCGGGAGAAUGGAGAGGGAGAAUUGAGAAGGAGAAUGGGGAAGGAAAAUGGGGAGGGAAGACAGAAGAGGGGGAAUGGAAGAAGGAAAGACGGAAGAGAAGGGAAGACAGAGGAGGGGGAGAAUGGAGAGGGGUAG